CUCGCAUCCGCACAUGCCCCUGCCACCCCUCGCUCGCUCUGCACUUGUGCCUCGCUCCUUCUCCUCCCCCCCCUCUCCCCCCCCCCUCGCCCGUGUAGUCAUGAACCUCGCCAGCCUGCUCGCCCCGCAGAAGAAGACAGCCAAGAGUCCGCCGGCCCCGGUGGUCCCGCUGCUCAAUGAGCCGAUCACUGAGGCUCAGGCGGCUCGCUUUGGUGGCCUGCGUGCGACCAUCGCCUCGGGCAUCGCUGCCGGGGAGCUUUACGACGCUUUGGAAUCCAUCAAUGCUCUCUUCACCCGCCUCAUGCGCGCGAAGCAGUUCAAGGAGGCCUUCGAUGUGAGCAUGGAGUUUUCGAAGCUUUUCUUCGCGGCCGGUGUGCGCCAUCACCCGAACGCCGUGUCUCUGAGCAACUCCCUCUCCACCAAGCUGCUGGUGCCGAAGCGCAUCGCCUUCAGCCCGGAACUGUCCUCGGCGGUGGUCAACACCCUGGUCGAGGCUGAUGCCCAGCUCAAGGAGAAGGCUGCCGCUGCCGGCCCCGCCGGUGCCGAGGACUUUGCCUGGAGUGAGGAGGCUCUGCUGAGCUGGCUGAAUUUCUUCUUCAACUGGAUCCAGGCGGUGGAUCCGGCCAGCACCGGCUCCUUCUCCCUGGCCGUGGGCUGCUUUGCCAAGAAGGCCGGUCUCUUCCAGGUUGCCGAGCGUUAUCUCCUGUACGGCACCGGCGACGCGCCCGACCAGCUGGUCUCCCUGCAUCUUGGCACCACUGCCAAGGAGCUGACUCCCGAGCUGAAGACCGAGCUUGCCUUCUUCGGCGCUCGCUGUGCACUCAGCUUCCUGGCUCAGACCCGCCCGAAGGACGCCUACCACUUCCUGAUGACUUUCGUCAAGACCCUGGUCAAGCUGUAUCCCGAGCUGCAGGCUCACGAGGAGCGCGUGAUGACCGCCCCUGGCGUGGGCCUUCCGGCCAACUUCCUCCAGACCGUCCUGCCCCAGCUGACCUACGCUCAUCUGGUCCUGAUCCUGGUCGAGCGCGGCCUCGACCCGAAGGCGCUGGCCUCCCUGCGCAUGGUGCUCUCCGAGGGUGUGCUCAAUGUCCCGGAGUCGGCCGAUCUGAACCGGCUCACCAAGACCAUCACCCGCAAGUAUGGUCGCCCGGAGCAUAACAACUUCUACGAUAGCCUCUUUCGCACCGUCGGGCAGUCCGAUGCCUAAGCGAUUCUAGUGGCAACGUGCGAGGAUGCGCCUGAUCACCGGGUGUCACCUCCUUCUUUUCCUUCUCCCAGCCGGGCAGCCGCUCGUAUCUGCCCAUUUCCGGUCUCCCUGCCGAGCACGCGCCCGGCGAAAUACGCACUUUCACACAUACACUCAGAUGCACUCGA